AUGUUGUAAUAGAAAAUGUUUCAAGAUAACGAUUUCGAAUGUUAUUUAGUGGAUAAUAAUUAUGAUGAACGAAUUAAUAAGGAAGUUAUAUUUCAGAAAAUUGACAAAGAAACUGAUGGCAAAUUUCUUCUAUAUCUUAAAGAAAAUAUUUUUUAAAAUAAUUAAAAAUUAGACGAUUUAUUAAAAAGAAUUAAAGAAAGUUGGAAUAAAGAUAAAAUGGUAGAACUUACAAGAAAAGAAAUUUUUACUUUAAUUAUAUCAAUGUUUCUUUAAUUAAUAAAUAGAAAAAAACAAUAUGGAGGAUUUUACAUAAUUAAUAUGGAAUAUAUCAAGAAUUCUUCUUUCCUUUGUUAAUAGAAGAUGUAAUGCAUAAUAAAUUAUAUCAAAUAAUUCUAUAAAAAUAAGAAAAAUAUAGAAUUUAUAAAUGACAUUGUUAAAUUCAUAAAAAAUACUUAAAAUGAUGCUUUUUCUUACAAAGUAGAUGAUAUUAGUAAAAAGAAUAUAAAUAUUGAAAUAACCAAUCGUAGAAAUGAAGAUUAAAUGAAUUCAACUGUAGUUGACUUUGCAGAUGAAAAUAUUGGGGGUUUGACAUUGGAUAGUUAUAAUUGUGCUUAGGAAGAAGUAUAUAAUUAUUAUAUCAUAAUUAAGAUUCUUAUGCUUAUUUAUCCAGAAGCCUUAGUAUCUAUGAUAUUUAUUCCUCCUAUGAAGGCUGAUGAAGCAGUGUUAAUUAAAAAUAUAAAGAAAUUUUCAAAUUAUUCUGGAUAUGAGUAAUCUUUCAAAUGGAAAUAAUAAUAAUAGGAUUGGAUAAAUUACAACUUUAAUAUGCUAGUAAUUAUAUUAAAUAUUUAGGCGAUUGAUGCAAAACCAUUUCAUGGAAACUAAAUGUAGUUUUAUAAAGAAAAUUUAGACAGAGAAAUGAAGAAAAUGUUACCUAGGAUUUUUAAUCGCUUUAUAAGAAGCACCUGAUUAAAAUAUUUCAACAGGACGAUGGGGAUGUGGUAUAUUUGGAGGAAAUCAAUAUUUAAAAACUAUCAUUUAAUUGACUUGUUUUGCUUAAGCAAAAUAUUAAACAAAUAUUAAUAAUAAUAAUACAGGUACAGCUAAAUUAAUAAUUAAUGCAUCUAAUAAUACUGAAUUAUUCAAUUUUGUAAACAAACUUAAAUCAUAUGGAGAAGUAUUAAAUUUAGAGAAUUUAGAUAAAUUGAUUAAAUAAUUGCAAUUUUAAAAUGAUGACUAAUUCUAGAAUUAUAUAAUAAAUUACUUUCAAUAAUUACCAGAAAGUUAAAAGCCAUUAAAAUAAAUUCGUAAAUAAUGA